CAAACAGAAGCCAGAUUCAUGGAUUUCAUGAGUUUAAAAAUAGCGAAACGAUAGCUAUAAAAACCAUGAUACACAAAGAGAGAAAAUAGGUGAAAAGUGACCAACUAUUUUUUGCUACUAGACAAACAGUUUCCCAACAACUGUCAGUGUGGUUGUUGUAGGUGUUCAGCAGUUCAAUCGCACUCACUGCAGGUCAGCUGGCAAUGUUUACUGAUGGAUCACUGCACUGCCCACUGCCCACAGCCCACACACACACACACACACACACACACACACACACACACACACACACACACACACACACACACUGGUAGCUCUCUGCCUGGACCAUCCCACACUCUAACUGUGUCUCUCCCACAGUCAGGAGGAAUAUGGGCAAAUCCGAAAGUCAAAUGGAUAUCAUGGAGAAAUCAAGUAAACCUGGAAAGCGUCGUUGGACUGUCGCGGAGAUCAGUCUGUCCGUGCUUCUGCUGUUGGUCAGCUGUGCCUUGGCCGGGCUGGUGGUCCUCUACACAUCAGUUGUGAAAGAACAAUCGAACAGGUCCAGUGUGUCAAGGAGCUCAACACGAGAGGGUCAGCUGUUUCGCUCCAACCUCAACAAUGUGUGCACAACGGCGGACUGUGUCACUGCAGCUGCUCGACUCCUGCAGAACAUGGAUAAGUCUGUGAAGCCCUGCGAUAAUUUCUACCAGUACGCCUGCGGGGGUUGGCUGGAGCGCCAUGUCAUCCCGGAGACCAGCUCUCGUCACAGUGUCUUUGACAUUCUGAGGGACAAGCUGGAGAUUGUCCUCAAAGGUGUUCUGGAGACGGAGAACGAGCAGGACAGGGAUGCCAUCCGAAAGGCCAAAACCCUUUACAGCUCCUGCAUGAAUGAGAGCCUCAUAGAGCAGCGUGACUCCCAGCCCCUCCUGACGCUCAUUGAGAGUAUCGGAGACUGGCCUGUGGCCUCAGACGACUGGAACUCCACAACAGAGGAGAUGUGGAGCCUCGAGGACACGCUGGCGACGCUCACUGCUCGUUUCCACAAGAAGGUUUUGCUGGACUUGUACGUCUGGACAGAUGACCGGGACUCUCGGCGUCAUAUCAUUUAUAUUGACCAGCCAGGACUUGGAAUGCCAUCAAGAGACUAUUACUUCAAUGAUGGAAACUACAAAAAGGUUCGAGACGCCUACCUGCACUUCAUGUUCUCCAUCGCGAAGAUAACCCGAGAGGACAGGAACUUGACCCAGGAUGACGAGCGUGUGUGGGAGGAAAUGAUGCAGGUGCUGGAGCUGGAGACAGACAUCGCCAACGCCACAUCACCAGCAGAGGAAAGACAAGAUGUCACAGUUCUCUACAACAAGAUGACACUGGGUGAACUACAGAGCACGUUCAGCUUAAAUGGUUUUAACUGGACACGAUAUAUUCAGGGUGUGCUGUCGAGUGUGUCCGUUGAGGUCCAGCUAGCAGAGGAGGUGGUGGUGUACAGCUCCCCCUACCUGGAGAAGAUGAAUGACGUUCUCUCCAGACACAGCGCCAGAACUAUGCAGAACUACCUCAGCUGGCAGCUCGUCAUUGAAAGAGUCAAUAGCUUGAGCCGACGCUUCAAAGAUGCCAGAGCCCGUUACAGGAAGACUCUCUAUGGGACGACAGUGGAGGACGCUUGGUGGAGGGAAUGCGUCCGUUACGUCCAGAACAGCAUGGAGAACGCAGUUGGCGCUCUGUACGUGCGUGAGACCUUUGCCGGAGAAAGUAAACGAAUGGUCAGUGACCUCAUCGGUAAGAUCCAGAAAGCCUAUGUGGAAACUCUCGAGGAGUUAAGCUGGAUGGACGCACCCUCAAAAGAGAAAGCAAGAGAGAAGGCCAUGGCAAUCAAGGAGCACAUUGGUUAUCCAGAUCAUAUUCUACAGCAAAGCAACCUGAAACUUGACCAGGAGUAUGCACAUCUGAACUUUAGUGAAGAACACUACUUUGAGAACAUCCUGGAGAACCUGAAGUCUGAGGCGCAAAAGAGUCUGAAGAAGCUCAGAGAACCGGUGGAUCCUGACUUGUGGAUCAUUGGUGCUGCAGUGGUAAACGCAUUCUACUCACCCAACAGGAACCAGAUAGUGUUUCCUGCUGGGAUCCUGCAGCCGCCGUUCUUCAAUAAGCAUCAACACCAGGCCCUGAACUUUGGUGGAAUAGGAAUGGUUAUCGGACAUGAGAUCACACAUGGAUUCGAUGACAACGGUCGUAAUUUUGACAAGGACGGUAAUAUGCUGAACUGGUGGAGUAAUUACUCUGCCGAGCAUUUUAAAGAGCAGUCGCAGUGCAUGGUGCAGCAGUACGGCAACUUCAACUGGAAGCUAGCAGGUGGACAGAACGUGAGUGGAAUCAGCACUUUGGGGGAGAACAUCGCCGACAACGGAGGAGUUCGUCAAGCAUACAAGGCUUACCUGAAGUGGGUGGAGAUGGAGGGGGAGGAGCCCUGUCUUCCUGGUCUCGACAUGGAUCACAAGCAACUUUUCUUUCUUAACUUUGCCCAAGUGUGGUGUGGUGCUUAUCGGCCUGAGUACGCCAGCCAGUCCAUCAAGACGGACUCACACAGUCCUUUAGAAUACAGGGUGCUUGGAUCUCUACAGAAUUUCGAAGCCUUCUCAGAAGCGUUCCAGUGCCAGAAGGGCAGUCAAAUGAACCCUGAGCAGAAAUGUCGCGUUUGGUAGAACGUUUUAUUCAUGAAAUAAUUGUUUCCUGACUUGGGCCACUCAGAUCAAGUUUUACAUUUAAAACCCACAGAGAAAAUUCUACUGAAGACUUAUUCAGUUUAUUUAGGGGCAGACUGUCGAGCUCUCCAGUUUCAAAACUCGAAAUAUGUUAUGUACUGUUUAAAAAAAAGAAACUUGCUUGAGUAUCUAUCAAGUUUGAAGUGUUGUCUCUGGAUGAGUCAGUCACUUGGUCUUCUGUUUUUGCUGUGUCCCACAACAGAAGACGAGUACGUGACUGAAAAUGGUCCUUAGAAAACAAAAGAUCUUGUUAAACUCAUGACUUUAAAUACAUUACUGCCCUUCUUGAAUUAAUCAGUUACAAACAAAAAAAAUCUCUUGUUCAGAUCUUUGUGACUUAUCCAUUAACGUCUGACACUGAGAUGCCUCUGUGUCUUUCCUCCGACUUGUUGUUUUCAAGAUGUUGUGCCACUCUAGAAAAAAAAUCAAUAGCGAACCAAUCUAACACUGACUGAAGUGCGAGUCUGAAAGAAAUGAAAGCUCGUGAAAGCUACAGAGGAAUUAGUCACACUCUGAGAGUUUGGCUAUUCACUGUUACAUGAAACAAAUUACCUUAAGACUUUAAGACUGUUAAAUCUUUGCAGCUUUAACCUUAAAUUAACAUUCUGAGAGCUGUGGCUGUCAACGUUUUUACACUGGAUGAAUAUUUCAAAUUAAGGAGGAAUUUAGCAGUUUUGCAGUUUUGUCCCAUCCUGCAGUUGGACGCCUGGUCCUCGGUGCAGAGGUGUACUUGUAUAUCAUGGUGGUUUGCUGUAACAAGUCAUUAUCCAGAUGUUUAAAAAAAAUAUUUGUGGCCUACCACAUUUUAGUGAGAAAAACCCAGCACUCGUUGAAUGUAGUCAUGUGAUAAUGAUGAAAAUGUCACUUUAUUAAAUGAUUGGUUACUGACAUUAAUCAAGUAGAUGUAGGUUUUGGGUGAACAGUAAAAACACUAAUCACAGUUGUGCUGUGCGUUUGAAGCACACUCCCCCAUUUUAUCUGCUUCCACACACUUACAGCCUCUGAAAUGUUCAUACGGGUUUAUUUUAGUUCUAAAAUUCCCAACACGACUCAUACCUACAAUUACUCAAAAUAAGAUCUCUUUGUAUGAUAUGUGUAUGUUAUAUUUAACCAAAAAAAGGUGGCUGAUCUGCAGACGCACUGGUCUUCUCUUUUGUUCCACAUUCUCCCGAGACGAGUCCUGAACACAGUGAUUACUAGACUCUAAGCC